AUGGCCUUCAACGGCCAAACUCCCACUAUCGUGGUGCUGAAGGAGGGCACCGACGCUUCCCAAGGAAAGGGACAGAUUAUCUCCAACAUUAACGCAUGCGUUGCUGUACAGUCGACGAUCAAGAGCACGUUGGGCCCGUACGGUGGUGACCUACUGCUUGUUGACAGCAAUGGCAAACAGACGAUCACAAACGAUGGCGCUACAGUGAUGAAGCUCCUGGAUAUUGUCCACCCGGCCGCCCGUAUUCUCACGGACAUUGCUCGAUCCCAAGAUGCCGAAGUCGGUGACGGAACCACCUCCGUGGUUGUGCUUGCUGGUGAGAUUCUGAAGGAGGUGCGAGACCUCGUCGAGCAGGGUGUGAGCUCUCAGACUAUCAUCAAGGGGUUGCGGAGAGCUGGCGCCAUGGCCGUCAAUAAGGUCAAGGAAAUUGCGGUGGACAUCAUGGACUCUGCGGAGUCUGAGGAGAAAAAGAUUGAGACCCUACGACGAUUGGCCGCCACAGCGAUGAACAGCAAGCUGAUCAAGCGGAAUUCGGACUUUUUUACAAAGAUGGUUGUGGACGCCGUCCUUACCUUGGACCAGGACGAUCUUAACGAGAAGCUGAUUGGUGUGAAGAAGAUUACUGGUGGUGGUCUUCAGGAUUCCCUCUUCGUCAACGGUGUUGCUUUCAAGAAAACCUUUUCCUACGCCGGUUUCGAGCAGCAGCCUAAGUCCUUCAAGGACCCCAAGAUUGUUUGCUUGAAUGUUGAGUUGGAGCUGAAGAGCGAGAAGGAUAAUGCCGAGGUUCGCGUGGAGCAAGUCUCCGAAUACCAAGCCAUCGUCGAUGCCGAGUGGCAGAUUAUCUUUAACAAGCUUGAGGCCAUCUACAAGACUGGUGCUAAGGUUGUGCUCAGCAAGUUGCCAAUCGGUGAUCUUGCUACCCAGUACUUUGCCGAUCGCGAUAUCUUCUGUGCUGGUCGUGUUGCAGCUGACGACAUGGACCGGGUUUGCCAGGCUACCGCAGCUGCCACCCAGUCAACUUGCAGUGACAUUCAGGACCGUCACCUCGGUACCUGCGGUUCGUUCGAGGAGCGUCAAAUUGGUGGAGAGCGUUUCAACAUCUUCUCCGAGUGCCCUGCUGCCAAGACCUGCACCCUUGUCCUGCGCGGUGGUGCUGAGCAGUUCAUUGCCGAGGUGGAGCGCAGUCUGCACGAUGCCAUUAUGAUUGUGAAGCGCGCCCUGAAGAACACCACUAUUGUUGCAGGAGGUGGUGCCACUGAAAUGGAACUGUCAAGCUACCUGCACGGAUUUGCCGACCGAAACGUUCCCCACAAGCAGCAGGCCGUCGUCAAGGCAUUCGCCAAGGCCCUCGAGGUUAUCCCCCGCCAGCUUUGUGACAAUGCCGGCUUCGAUGCCACUGACAUCCUCAACCGACUGCGCGUCGAGCACCGCAAGGGCAAUGUUUGGUGUGGUGUGGACUUUGACGAAGAGGGAGUCCGUGAUAACAUGCUUGCUUUCGUCUGGGAGCCCAGCCUGGUGAAGGUUAAUGCCAUUCAAGCUGCAGUAGAGGCAGCCUGCCUAAUUUUGAGUGUGGAUGAAACGAUCAAGAACGAGGAGUCUGCUCAACCUGGUGCUCCCCGUGGAAUGCCUCCUGGAGCUGCCCAGCGCGCCCUCCGGGGUCGUGGCCGUGGGAUGCCCCGCCGUUAA